UAAACCUGGCACAAACGACCGACAUUUUCCUUUCCACCAUUGCUCAGGAAGUUGCCGGCUGCAUACAAAAUCAUCGGGGGAAAAUGGCAAAUAAUUACGAACACUCCAACAAAAGACAACGGACAGACGAUGGCACUAGGGACCCAGAAGACCGUUUCAAACCUGCCCCCUCGCCUUGCGUGCAUGUAAGAGGUCUGUCUGAUCAAGCUAUUGAAGGUGACCUUGUGGAAGCAGUGCAGCACUUUGGAGCUGUCAGAGAUGUCAUGAUGAUGCCAAGAAAAAGACAAGCGUUGAUUGAAUUUGAGGACAUUACUGGUGCGAAGAACUGUGUGGAAUACUGUCAGGGAAACUCCAUUUUCUGUGCCGGUCAGCCAGCUUUUUUCAAUUUCUCACUCAGCCAGAAGAUUCUGCGUCCAGGGGAAGGGGAGGAUGCAAAACCACCAAAUCACAUUUUGCUGUUUACUAUCCUCAACCCACAGUACCCCAUCACAGUUGAUGUCAUCCACAAAAUCAAUGGACCUUAUGGUCAAGUACAAAGGAUUGUCAUCUUCAAGAAAAAUGGAGUUCAAGCUAUGGUUGAGUUUGAUAAUGUAGAGUCGGCCAAGAGAGCAAAGCAAUAUCUGAAUGGAGCAGAUAUCUACUCUGGAUGCUGCACACUGAAGAUUGAAUAUGCCAAGCCAACUCGUCUGAAUGUUGUGAGGAACGAUGCUGAAAGUUGGGACUACACAAACCCAUCUCUUGGAGGAGGAAAGGACGGCCCUGCAGGUCGUGGCCAGCCAUUGUUGCAAGAGCCUCGCUUCGGUACAGCCCCUGCUCCAUACAAUGGUCCUGCUGGCAGCAAUUACGGGGGCUUUGGUGGCCCUGGAGGUUAUUAUGAAGAUGGAUUUGAUGGAUAUAACAGAGGUCCUGGACCAUACGGACCAGGAGACAGAUUUGGACCAAAGGGUGGACCUGACAGGUUUGGACGUGGAGGUUAUGAAGGAGGCCAGGGUGCACAGGGAGCUGUGUGCAUGGUGUAUGGACUGAACAUGGACAAGAUGAACUGCGAGCGACUCUUCAACCUCUUCUGUCUGUAUGGCAAUGUUGUCAGGAUCAAGUUUUUGAAGAGCAAGGAGGGGUCUGCUAUGAUUCAACUGGGAGACCCAAUUUCCGUUGAAAGAGCCAUUGCCAACUUGAACAAUGUGUUCUUCUUUGGCAAUAAACUUCAGCUAAGCAUGUCAAAGCAAGCAUUCCUUCAAGAGGUUCCAAAUCCUCAUGAACUGGCUGAUGGUACUUUGUCGUACAAAGACUUCAUGGGCAACAGAAAUAAUCGUUUCACAAACCCCGAGGCAGCCCAGAAAAACCGUAUCCAGAGCCCGUCAAAAGUAUUACACUUCUUCAAUGCUCCGCCCACCAUUACUGAAUCGGAAGUUUUUGAGAUGUUUGACAAUGCCAUUGGAAAACGACCUCUGAAGAUGAAGCAAUUCCCAUCAAAGACUGAGCGCAGCUGCACAGGCCUUGUGGAGUUUGAAAGCAAGGCCGAUGGUAUUGAGGCAUUGAUCAUGGUCAACCAUACUCCAAUCAGCAGCCCAGGUGGAAAGAGCCCUUUCAUUUUCAAGCUUUGUUUCUCUGCAAUGCCUUUGACGAUGUAACUUACCACCUGAGGCCAGGAGACUACACAGAUGUAUUAAUAUGUUUUGUCUUGUGUUUUGUUGGGUUUUUUUAAAAUAAGCAUCUGGUAUCUUCUUAUUUGUAAGUAUAUUUUGAUGUUAGUAUCUUGCCUGCCAUGAAUGUUGUUACCAAAAUCAAACAUGAAGAGUAUGAAACUGUUUUUUUAUCCACUUGGUGUUAAUUUUUUAGGUCUUAUGGUUUGUUUUUUUAAAAUUUUGCUCGUUACCUUUUUUUUUAUCUUCACAGAUUUAUUGUCAUUUUUUGUUUUAUACAUAGGUAUUCAUGCCUUUGGGUCAGAGAGGACAGUAAAAUCUCCUUCAUCAUAUAAAAUAAAAAUAAAAGUCACAAAUAUAAAA